AUGAAAAUUAAGCUUUUUAUCUUUGUAGUUUUCCUCAGUGCACUAAUUAGUAACUCUUUUGCGCAGAUUGAGUCAUUUAAGGAUAGAAGACAAUUUGGUGCAACUGAAGAAUUCAAACCAAAAAUUGGAAUACAUGAACGAGCUGUCUAUACUGGUGGCUGGACCAACAAGAUACAACGUGGUGGAUAUGGGAAGGAUGUUGGAGGAGCAAAAAAAGGUGGACCAAGUUCUGGUGGAUCGGUCCUGGGAGGAGGUGCACAAGGUGUGGGUGAACAAAAUGGAGGUGGAAAAGAUAAAAAAAGUGAACCAGAUGAAAGAGGAAAAUUUUAA